CUGCAGUAUGACUUGUAAACAAACAUGGCGGACGAAGGGGCUUUAGUGGAGAGGCCCAAAAAGACUAAAAGGCCGAAAUCUGGAAAGAAAAUGGAGGACAUACCAAUGUCCACAAUGGAUGGAGGAAGUAACAAGUUUAAUCAAUUACUACAGCAAGCUGUUGGUCAGAGUCUCAGUGAAGCCAAAGUAGAAAAGAAGAAGAAAAAGAAAAAGGGUGAUGAUUCAGUGCUUGAGAGUCUACGCAAGGGUGAAGGUUUACAGAAAGAUGUUGAUGAAACCAAGCUUGCCAACACAUUUGAUCCAGAUGAUACCAAAUAUAAAAAGAGUAAUAAACAGAAACAGAAAAUUAUAGAGGAGCGCAACCGGCAAAAUGAGUUAGAAAUAGUUGAUGAAAAUAAAGGGAAAACAAAAAAGAAAAAGAAACAAAAGACAAAAGAUGAACUCAUUGAAAACUUUGAUGAAUCUCAGAUUGAGCCACCAGACAAGACUAUGACCAUGUCAGAGCUGGAAACCAGUACACAGAAAACUCCUGGUAAAAAGAAGAAAAAGAAACAAGAAGAGGAACCAGUCCUGUCAGCCAGGUCAGAGGAUGAACCAAGUGUAGCAACCACACCAAAGAAAAAACCUCGAAAGAAAGUCCCAAGGGAUGGGACCCCUGAGCCUGACUCCCAGACAGAUACUGUUCUAACACCAACUAAAAAGAAAAAGAAGAAACCUGCAGCUGAUACUGAAGAUGAGGCUGUUAUGUCCCCAAGUGAGGAAGUUGUUUCACCAAAGGGAAAAAAGAAAAAGAAGCGAACAGAAGGUGAAACGGAUGAAGAAGGUGUACUGUCACCGUCUGAAGAACCUACCUCGCCAAAAGGUAAGAAAGGAAAGAAGAAGAAGAAAGAAGGAGAAACAGACGAAGAAGCUGCCCUUUCCCCUGCAGAAGAACCAUUGUCACCUAAAGAUGGAAAGAAGAAAAAGAAAAAAAGAAAGACAGAGGAAGAAGCAGUCCUUUCUGCUGCAGAAGAGCCAUUGUCACCUAAGGAUGGAAAGAAGAAAAAGAAGAAGAAAGGCGAAGGAGAAACAGAAGAUGAAGCUCUUUCACCAGGUGAGGAGGUGGAAAGUCCUAGAGUGAAAGGGAAAAAGAAGAAGAAAAAGAAGGAUAAAGGAGAAGAAGAGGGAGAGAAAGAAGAUGAGGAGGAAAAAGAAGAAGAAGCACCUGUUCCAAAAGAAAGAAAGAAGAAGAAAAAGAAAGGUACAGAAGAAGCUGAAACAGUUGAAGAGGAAGAGGCGGGGCCAUCUGGUAUGGAGGCGGAGGAUGAGGGGAGAAUUCUAGCUGUUACUAUACAUAGAACAGACAAGCUCAAAAAUGAUUUCUACAUUAUGCAUCCAAUGGUUAGAGUGCAUAUAGUAGAUGAACUGACAGGAAAAUACCUACCUAAACAGCACAAGGACCGAGCUGUAACAUCGUACUAUGAGACCAAGAAUGACAACGUGAAACAUAUUCUUCCAAUAAUGACAAAACCUUUUGACUUCAAACAAAACAAAUCAGUGUUGCCAGUGUGGGAGGAGUUACUGGUGUUCAAUGAGAACUUUAAUUACUUCAUACUUGACAGACCUAAAGUGCUAUUGGUUUUUGAGUUGCUGGAUUUUGUUAGUAUGAAUAAAGCUGCACAAACUGAUUCAGGAUGGCACAGGAUUGGCUGGGCUUUCUUAAAGGUUCUUGGAAACAAUAAUAAGUUAAAUUGUGGAUCGAAAGUAAGACUGCAGAUAUUUGAAGCACCACCCUCAAAUCUAAGAAGAAAAGCAGAUAUGGAGGAGGCGUUCCAAUGGUGGAAAGAAUGUCCAAGGAAGCCAUAUCCUUCUACUUUAUAUGUAACACUGAAAGGUAUCAGGCCUCCGUUAGAGGUCGAGGCAGUCGAGAGAUCUCUGUUUGCUACACAAGAGGAAAGGGGAAGAAUGACCUUUGAAGAAUUGAAGAAAACAGUCAAAUGGACUGGUGGUAAAAAAGAACCUCAACAUAAAACCCUAUCAUCGUGGUCUAGACUGGCUGGCCAGUUUUGUCGUCUGCCAAAUGUUCUAUCCCACUCAUUACCUUCAGCCAAGAAGGGUUGCUAUAUGUUAAAAUUCUCACAUGAUGGCCGGAGUUUAGCUUGUGCUUGCCAGGGAAAAGAUGGUUAUCCUAUUCUAGUCUACGAGAUUCCCUCUGGUACAUUAAAGGGCAAGUUCCUUGGACAUUUUGGCAUUGUAUAUGAUUUAAGUUGGUCAAAACUAGACACACACCUAUUGUCAGCAUCUUCUGAUGGAACAGCCAGAGUUUGGGAUAUACAGGCAUUUGGUGAAAACCAACAGAAAUUAUUACCUCAUCCAGCAUUUGUUUACUGUUCACAAUUUCACUCUCGUGUAGAAACUGUAGCAGUGACUGGAGGUUUCGACCAGGUUAUACGUGUCUGGGACGUCAGUGAUGAUGAUCAUAAAGUUGAUUUACGGCAGGAACUUGAUCAUCAUGUAGGGUUGGUUAACUCUAUAUGUUUCUCAGAGGAUGGCCAGAAAAUGUAUUCAGCAGACAGUGUGGGUGUUAUUAUUAUAUGGAACUCAUUUGUUACAGAGAUGCCUUCAAAAAGAGGUGUGGCAAGAGAUUGGACUUUGUUUGCAAAAAUUGAAGAUGCCGACAUGAAGGGCACAGCAAUAAAUCAUAUUGUCUUACAUCCGAGAGAGCGCCGUCUGCUUGUACACUGUAGAGAUAAUAUCCUCCGAAUGUUUGAUCUUAGAAUUCAACGAGUGAUGCAGAAAUACAUUGGUGCUUUGAAUUUCCGGGAGCAGAUCCGCAGUGAUAUAACCCCAUGUGGUUCUUUUGUGUUUUCUGGUAGUGAAGAUAACUAUGCAUACGUCUGGAACACUGAUACAGGUGAUCAAGUUUUGAUGUAUUCUGAGUUAAACUACCAGAACCCUGUAACAGACGUCUGCUAUCAUCCUCGAGAUCACAUGGUGGCUUUUUGUUCCCUGGGAGAAAAUCACCCCAUUCUGAUAUACAGCUACGAUCCUGCUAUUGCUCAGUUCGAAGCAGGUCUAUCACCGAGAAUGAUCUCCCCUGUGCCUGCAGAUGACGAGGAGAGACUUGGACGGACCUCUACAUUACAAGAAGAGUUGGCCACAAAAGGUGUUCUAACAAAAGAGGAGUUUGAACUACACAAUACAAAUAGAUACGAUAAAGUGAUGAAAACCCUAAAUAAAGUGACGGAAUUUUAUACGGAUAUACAUAAGAAAAUGGCACAAAUGACAUCGACACCUACACUAGAUUUACCAGGAAUGGCUGCAAUGUCACCGCGUAGCACUAUGAUGACAAUGGGAAGUACCGGUUACGAUAUGUACGGUACUACACCCAGAUCUAUGACUGGCAGUCCAACAAUGUUCAGUCCUCAUGCACCGAGGUCAAUGUCUUCAGUGAUGCAACAUCAGCAGUUUGCCUCACAGAACAUGUAUAUGAAGGGUGUUGACUCAUGGAGACCUACAUUCAGUGAAGUAGGACGUCAUGGCAGAAGUACAAGUCCUGUACAGUUUGGACGAACGCCACAGUUGAAUAUGACAGCCUCUCAACAAGGAAAGGCACAGUUUAACUUCCAGGCAGCUCCUGGUAAAAGUCGAGGAAAACAAGAAAAGGUAUAUGUGUUGUACGACUACAAGGCCCAGAGAUCCGACGAGCUGGAUAUAUUUGCCGGUGAUGAGAUUUUGGUUCUGUACAAGGAUACAGAGAAUUGGUGGAUGGGAGAACUCUCUGACGGUAGACAGGGCUUCUUCCCGUCCAAUUACGUCACUCAGGAUGAUACACUACUAGACAGUCACAGAACUGGGAUGACAACUCCUGAUGACUCAGAUUCUGAGAGCAAAAAUCUUACAGCUGUUCGAACGAAGAGCGGAGAGCUGAAGUUUGUCUCAGGGGGUGAAAGCUCUGGAGAUGAUAUGCUCGAGUCAAGUCGAGCACGCAGAAGAAAGAAGCGUAAUUCUCAGGACAGCGGGACAUUAUCAGGGGGCAGUCAGACAAGUGGCGGAGUAAACAGCAAGAAGCCACCGCGUAAGGCGGGCCAGAAAGUACGCAUUGAUGAAACUAACAACGAAUCUAUGGCAUAGAAUUUACUACACAUUACUAGUACUGUAAUUGAUUAAUCAAUGAAAGUAGUGAAGUUUAUGAAAAUUUCUACAUGCAGCACACAAUUCCAAAACAGCACAAAUAAAAAUCAAAAUUUUAAAGUGAUCUACUAUAUUAGUGUUAAAUGAUACGAAAUUGCUUAGUUGGACUGGAAAAGUUACAUGGGAAUGUUGGACAACAUUUACUUUCUGAAAAAUGACAGUUGUUGCAUAAAAGAUUGCAAUACUGUA